AUGGGACGUCGUUAAGUAAGAAGCUCCGGUAUACUUCUAUAUAUAAAUAAACCUCCCACAUAUAUUGUCCUCCCCCUAUAUUUGGGUCUCUCUCUCUAAUUCUCACUUCACCACAACACCCACCACGCCCUCUUCCUCCUCCUCCUCCGCUUUUGUCAUGAUGGAGAACAACGAUCCCUUCUUCUCCGCCAUUAACACCGCCGCCGCCGCCGCCGCCGCAUCGGCCGCAAACUACUUCCCAUGGCGCCGCCCACAAUUGUUGGGAUCCGCCGAUCUCGACGCGCCGCGCAAUCGGAGUGCGAGGAGGAAGAGGAAGAGGAAGAGCUCUCAUGGAGUGAGGAGGAGGAGGAGGAGCUCCGUAAAGGAGGAGGAGGAGGAGAACAACGAUAACGACGAUGAUGACGAUGAGGAGGAGGAGGACGAGGAGGACGAGAACCCUUUAUUGUCUCCUAACAAGUUGACAGAUCAAGAUUCAAAUCCCAAAAGAUGCAGAGCUGAUCAAUCCGAAAGAACUGCGACAAUCAAUCCGAAAACCGCCGAAAUCGGCGCCAACAGAGAUUCAAAUGAGAAAGAGAACAGCAGCUCAAAGCAGGAUUACAUCCAUGUCAGAGCCAGAAGAGGCCAGGCCACUGACAGCCACAGCCUCGCGGAACGAGUCAGAAGAGAGAAGAUCAGCGAGCGAAUGAAGCUGCUCCAGAACCUCGUCCCCGGAUGCAACAAGGUCAUGGGCAAAGCGCUGAUGCUCGACGAGAUCAUAAACUACGUGCAGUCGCUGCAGCGCCAGGUCGAGCUCUUGUCGAUGAAGUUGGCCGCCGUGAAUCCGCUCGACUUCUGCGUAAACAGCCUCCUCCGCCCGAAAGACAUGAAUAAUCGAGCGCAGCAGCAGCAAGCGCCUGAUUUACCGGCGGCGCAGAUUUAUCAUCGGUCGGAGAAUUCAAGCGCGGGUUCUUCGUAUUCUCAGCGGAUUAAUGGGACUCCUCUCGAGAGUUUCGAAAACAAAUUCGUGUUCGAUGAAUUAGACCCCUCCUUUUGCAGCAGCAUCAGCAUGGAAUUUCCUACCCUUAAUGGCUUUGCCGAUGCUACUCAGCUUGGGAAUUUCUGGGAGGAUGAUCUUCAGAGUGUUGUUCAGAUGGGCUUCUUCGGGCAGAGUCGAGACGCGCAAGCGAAUCUCCUCGCAGAGCUUCUGCGGCCCUGCGACGACCGACAGCAGGAAGAUUGAGCUCUGAUCAUUCUGAAUUCUCGGUUCCAGUCGACGGUGUAUAUAUAUAUCGAGUCGUUUGUUCGAAAGCAGCGCAUAACGCAUCCCGACUAACAGCGUGUGCAGCGAUUGUUACAUCGACAUGGAACGAAAAUGCAGCAUGAUUCUCGCAACAUCGAGAGGAUUUUUUUUUUUUUUUUAUGCUAUCUUUGGUGUUCUGAUGUAUUAUUAUUGUGACAUUAUUCAUCAUUAAUUCACGAAUAUAUAUAUAUAUAUAUAUAUAUAUAUAUAUAUAUAUAUAUAUUAGGGCAUUAUUCGAAUCUUUAA